CUGAAAGCCAACGUUGCCGGAUGUCAUUGUGAACCCCCUCCUACUCCUCCAUCUCCCGCCCCCAUGCGACUGGUUUCCUACGCACCCCAUAUUCCCGUGACGCUCAUCUCAAUUCUGGAGCAAUGCGGAAUCAGAACAGAUAACGAGCUGCUAUUCGGCCGUUCAAUUCUCAACAUCUACCGUUCACUCCCUGCUCAAUCAAUCACGCUUCAAGAGCUCUCACGGUACAAAGACGUCGUUGCUGGGCUUGCAUCUGCUCCUGGGAAGACUCUCGAAAUGCUGUUGAAGGAUGAGGACGAAACCGAGGAGUUGGCAUUUGGAUUCUUGACUGGCUUGCCGGACGUUGACAGCGUCUUGGAGGGAUUGACAUCUACUCGCCGAAUCGUUGAGAUAUCGGGGGACAGGCGGUCGGGAAAAACAUCCUUUUUGCUCCACCUCGUACUCCGGCAUCUAUCCACGGAACCAUCUUCCAGCAUCCUCUGGAUUGACACAACUGGUGAAUUCUCGCCCCACAGGGCACAAGAGAUGGCCAAGAGCUUUGAUGCUCCGGACGCGCUAUCUCGGAUGCAACUGUCCAAUGCUUUCGAAGUUGAUGCCGUCCAGCAGGUUAUUGAAGAGCUCGCAUCGUCUCUGAGUGAACCAAAUCCUAUGUCCACUACCAGGACCCGCGCUAUCGCCAUCGACUCACUGACACCUUUAAUUCUUCCCCUCUUGAGCCCAGUGUCGUCUCAGGGACACGCGAUCAUGACUGGCCUCCUCCGGCAACUGCGGACUCUUGCGCAGACGUAUUCCAUCGCUGUGUUUCUGGUGAACAACUCGACGCCGUUCACACCGUUUGUUUCAGGAUCUGCACAGAACAACCCAAAGAUCAGAAAACCGGCAUUGGGGCCGUCGUUCGCGUUUCUGACCGAUGCUACCAUCUGGCUCGCAGCCAGCGACAAGAGAACCGAGCUGGAUGAGAGGGUGCACGUGCUGGAAGUCUAUCGCACAAAAGUGACGCCGCCCAGGCCGCUUGCCUCUUUCGUUAUUCGCCACGUCCUCUCGCCUUGUGAGGAUAAAAUGGACUAUGCAGACUCGUAGACUCGCCGUGAGUUGAGAUCACACCUCUCCAUGAGGAUAUGAAAACGGCAUGCAUCCGACUGGCUCCCUACAACACGGAAAGACGUGCUGCAGUGCUUGUGACGACGAAUGGGAGUCGCUAUGCGACUCCCUGAACCGAUGUGCUUGAUGAUAGAGAUUGCAGAGAUGGUAUCCCCAGACCAGCGUUGGAGUUCUGUCCCGAGAAUCACGAAUGCGAUUAGUCGAAACAUAGAGCAAGCACGGUCGGGGGUUCAGAACUUUCCUCUACGUACAAGUAAUUUUGACAAAUCGGGUUGUGGGACACAAGAAUGAGACUUUUGGCGCGUUGUGGGUCAAAGCGCCCUGUCUUAGAUGCAGGGAAAUCCAGGAUGGAGGGGUGGACUUUGCCAGCUCCGUGCGGAUCGUCAUUCAAUUCAAUGCGAGAAGCCAUCUGGAAACGGGAGCAUCACAUCGUCCGGCCAGGCGAGAACAUUAGAAUCUCCCUGCCCAGUGCAUAUAUAUAGCAGAGGUCAAAGCGAUAAACAGGCCGGAUUGUUCCGAGAUUUAGCUUGCUCCGUACAGUGAGCUCACCGUGGAGUCGCCGAAUUGGCUGGCCGGUGGAGUGUUGAACGUCUUUCCUGGGCUUCCUUGGUCUUGAGCGGCCAAGCUGAAGUCAAGGUGUGGCCUGAGCCAGGAACCACCUCUGUCACUGAUCGGAUCCGGAACAAUAUCGAAUGACAGCACGCACGGGCCGCGGAAACAUGCCAUCCUAUUCAAUCCAGUUCAGCUUCAAGGAACUCUUGCCUGCAGCCUUUCCUCGGCUGCGCGACCUCUCCUACGCUCUCUAGCCGGUUCACGACCGAAUACCGGGGAGGGGAUGGAUGAUCGACGCCCGGAGCGCCCAAAGUCACGACGGCACUUUGUUAACACCGCUCGGACAGCUUGGCUCUCCCACAUAUCACAGCCAAGACAGUUCGCUUGCGAAUUACCUCCAGACCUGGCUGCCCGGUGCUAACAGUCCUUUACUUAACCAAUCCUCACUUCAUCUUUCUACUUUCCCGGACUCGCUCCCUUCUUCACCCUCUUCUUCUGCCUCUUCUUGACCUCCGUUCGCCUCUGCAUUCUUUCCGUGCAAGAAAGCUUGGACGACGCCCCUGCCACCACGACCGGAUCAGAGCCUAAUACACCGGCCGUCCCCAGCACCAAGAAGCUUGGAGCACAACGCACAACGCAUAACGCAUAACCACACGAUGUCCGAGAGCACGCUGCGGCGCACAUCACACGGGCGGCCGGCCGAUGAGGAGCUGGCGCUGGAGCUGCAGCCGAGCGGAUCGAACGAGAAGCCCCCGAAACCGCUUUCCCGGACGCACAGCAGGAUGGGCCAGCGCUUCUUCCGCAAGGGCAAGACCAAGGUCGGCGUAGUCGACUCGCUCAAGGCGCUCGUGUUCUCGUCGUGGCUGAAUAUUCUGCUCCUCUUCAUCCCCAUCGCUUGGGUCGCACACUUUGCCAAUAAACACGAUUCGCCGCCGGAGAAGACCUUUCCGUUCUCGGUCACAUUUGUGUUUUGUUUCCUGGCUAUCAUUCCCUUGGAGAAACUGUUCGAGUAUGGUGGUGAACAAAUGGCUUUCUACGUGGGACCCGAUCUCGGCGAACUCCUGGUGGUCACGUUGAACAAUGUCGUUGAAGGAACCCUCGCCAUAAUUCUGCUCAAGAAAUGCGAGCUCAAAUUGCUGCAAUCAACAAUCAUUGGGGUUGUUCUGCUCCACCUCUUGCUUAUUCCUGGAGUGGCGUUCGUCACCGGCGGUGCCCGGAUCAUCGAGCAAGAUCUGCACCCGCAUCUGACUCAGCUCAACCAGACACUGCUCACGAUCGGUGUCAUGGCCUUGCUACUCCCGGCCGCGUUCUUCGCCGCGCUGGACCAAGGCAUCAUUUCGGGCGCACCGGCAGAUGCUGCCACGCAAGGGCGUUCAAACUUCACCGACGGGUUUCUUAUCGAGAAGAACCGAGUUAUCUUCCUGCAGAUGAGCCGAGGGAUCGCCAUUCUUCUCCUCCUUGUUUAUGUCUGCUCGAGAAUCUUCCUAUACAAUCCUCCCGGAGAACACAUGGAAUUGGCUGAACACAGGCUCGCUCCCGAGGCUCUCAAAGACAAGGCGGCCGAAUUCGAGCAACUGGAUCCGGAAGUCAGUCAGUGGGUCUGUAUUGCCAUGCUAGCGGUCACCAUCGGUAUCAUGGCUGCGACCGCAGAAUGGCUUGUUGAUAGCAUCGACUUCAUUGGACACGGGCAUUCCAUACAAAGAGAAUGGUUUGGCCUGAUUCUCCUUCCGUUGGUCUCGUUUUCGGGAGAUGGAUUCCUGGCCAUCCUGUUCUUCGUCCGAAGCUGGAUCCGGCAUCUCCGUGGGAUGCCAUCGCCUCCGGGAACGUUGGCCAGUGCUCGUCCGAUCGAUCUCAGUAUCCAAUUCAUCUUGUUUUGGAUGCCGUUCAUUGUUCUUCUGGGAUGGUGGACGGGCCGGCCCUUAUUCUUGCUGUUCGGUGCGUUCUGUGGCGCGAUAAGGGCUGCGACCGCUGCUGACCGCAGGACAGAUAUCUUCGAAGUGGCACUCGUUAUCAGUUCGUGUUUCGUGGUCAACUACGUGACCGCAGACUCCAAGACUAACUGGGCGGAGGGUGUGGCUAUGCUGUCCUUCUAUGGUAUGUCCUUUCCCGAACUCGCUUGCAGCAUUCCAGACCAACUGACCUGUCCUGCAGCGAUGAUUGUGAGUCGCACUGAAGCUUUGCUGCGGAACGUUUGUUUUCUGAUCCAACACGUUCAAGGCCUUGACUGCAUGGUUCUACACCGGCCAAACGCAGAUCGAUAUUUUCCUGCAAUGCCAGAGUGUUGCCGAUGCCUUUGCGGCAGCCAUUUCCGGAGGAGGUGACGUAUGACCGUGUGUUUAUCUGUCGCGUUGUUACCGAGUAUUCUAUCUAUGCACACAUUUUAUAAUUAAGAUCCUCUGUAGUAAACCUGGCAGUGUAUUCUGGAAAGAAAGUACUGGAACAUUCGCAGAGAUUCCUCUCGUCCACAGCCCAUCCACUGCCACUGGCGGAUUUCCAGAACACGUUUCCAGAUGACAUCAGCCACGUCGGAUGACUCGAUCGGUGUCGUGCGUGACCGUUGAGGUCACUGCGCUGCGCAGCUGAGCUGCGGGGCUGAAAGCACCUGCUGCGCCGCAAUGACGGGAAAUAAACCCAGAAACAAGAAUCAACUGAGCUACACGUAGCGCCCACACCGGCAAAACAGGGAGUGCGUAAUGGAUCUAUUAUGGAAAUGGGCGUGACUCUGUGACCCAGAUGUAACGCGUAAUUGACUCGAUUUGACACCCGUGACGGACUUGCCCCGGAAUCGCGGCUGCGAUUCACAAUCAGACACCAUUGUAUAUAACCUCCCUCAAGAUGUCUUCAUCCGACAACUGUCCUUGUGCAUAUCCUACGUGCACCCUUCGCCUCCAAUCCAUCGCCUCCUCCCAUCCACCAGUACUAUCUACCCACCGACGACGCGAUGCCUGGCCGGACAGUAUACCACAACCAACCAACCAGCCCCUACGCCGGGUACUCUUCCCCGGCGACGGUCCAAUAUCCGUCAUCUCCGUUAGCAUAUGACGUGACUCCCCCUCCCCUCCAACACACGCGCUCGCUCUACGCGUCCACACCCCUGCCCGCCUUCUCUGCCUCGAUCAACCCCGUCCUCUCCGAGGAGACGGGCGCGGGCCUAGGCUUCAACGUCGCCGUCGACCCUGCAACUGUUCCGCUGAACGUUAGCUCGACUGUGCUCUCGCAGCCCGCCGCCACCUCCGCGAACCCAUCUGGGCUGCCGUGUCUGCUCAUUCACGUCCCCGGCCUCGCGUCGUACAUCCAGGUCGUGAGGCCUAAGCACAAGGGCUAUGUCACCGUCGGAGAUGUUCUGAGCCAGGUAUAUGCUGAUCUCCAACGUCCGCUGCAACCACGAGACCUCCAGUCCCACCUGACAGCGGACGACAUCGAGGGCGCUCGCCGCUGGCGCUGCGCCUAUCUCACACCGCAUGAUCUGAGCGCAUACCCGCGCCGUGUCGACGCCCUGUUGGGCGCGACGCGGUUCUGCGGGCUGGUGCCGACGUCGGAGUCGGCUGAGGUGCUGGUGUUGAGCGUUCGGUGAAUCUGCCUGGUGUCUGGCGAUUCCCGUGUUGAGCGGCCGAGAUUUUUUAUUAACCCCUCGUCAUCACUUGCCCCGGACUCCCCUCUCCAUCCCUCACAACUCAAACAACACAACGCAACGCAGCGCGACGUGGUCGCAGCUGCGCCGACGUUUUUCGCACAAUGUGUUCAUCGAAGAUCGCGGUCUCCGACGUCCGACAU